CAGCCAUUAAGCGCUAAACCCCCAUACAGGCAGCCGUCCGGAUUUCAAUAGAAGACGUUAUCUUUCAUGAACUACAAUAUUGUCCUAUAAUGGGCUAGGUUGGCCUUUGUCGCAUUUCACCAUCUCGACGGACUGCAAAAAUGAAGCCCUGUGCCCAUUCGCGUCUGCAGUUCGAAUCAUCUCCCUGGGCUGCAGAGGUGGGUUUUAAGCGCGUAUCUCCAGAUCGGAGACUCGGUGCUGCGACAAGGUCCGGACGAAAUCCACUUGCUGGGAAAGGGCAGCAGCCCAAAGAAGUGGAAAUUCAGGUUUGCAAAGUUACAGAGGAGCUUUCAGCUGCGUUUCCUGGGCCUCUAGUUCUCCCACAUGACGACCUAACCUGGGAUCCAAAAAGCCCACCACAAAGCUUUCGUUCGUGGUUAAACCUGCCACAACGUAACAGACCUACGUCAAAACGGAAAACUAUAUAUGUGGCAACAGCACCGGAGAUUUCAUCUGGUGUGGAUUUCAUGCACUCGUGGAUUUCGCCACAGAUUAGGGCUACCAAGCGGUCGAGUAAGAAUAAAGGCCAGGUAACAAGUGAACUUAAAGCGCCUGAAAGUAGUGAACUCAUCGACUAUAUUGCCUCUUUCUACCACGGUUUUGUUGUCAAGACAUUCCCCACCCCACUGCGUUUUAUUGCAUGGGACGAGACCGAAUAUGGAAAGCAUACCAGCACCCCGGAAUUUGUUGGUCUUGCAGCAGAUGAUAUGUCAGUGCGGAUUAGGGCUCGUCCGUCACCGGAUGGUGUGUUUAAGGGCCAGCUUAACUUGGAUGACUUGUUGGAUGCUGCGAGGGAUAUACUGCCUAGCGAUGCUUAUUCAAUUGUUCUAAUCAUGAAUCACGAUAUGUACGAAAGUCAGGAGGACGACUUUUGCUGUGGCCGCGCGUACGGUGGUAGUCGAAUUUCGGUUAUUUCAAUGGCAAGAUAUCAUCCUAUACUAGAUGACUACUGGAGUAUUGACCCUGCACAUGUUUGGCCAGCCUCGCACUGCGAGGAAUAUGUCAAUAAUCUCUGCGGGGAAUCAAAAAAGUCAACCCUUAGAGAGAAGGGUGCAAUGUCCCCGACAGCUCCAUUCCGGCGAGCAGUUGAUGCAGCCGCUCGUAUAAAGAACAAUUCUUCGGUUGAAUAUUAUCGAGGUAUUUGGUUUUCUCGAGUCGCUCGAACUGCAGUCCACGAGCUUGGGCACUGCUUUGGCAUUGCUCAUUGCGUAUAUUACGCUUGCAGUAUGCAAGGCACUGCUGGGAUAGCCGAAGAUUUACGUCAACCACCGUAUCUAUGUCCAAUAUGCUUAAGCAAGAUUACACACGCCGCUGUAAUUGAGCUGCUGGGGCGGACGGAUAGCAAAAAGGAGGAUUACGUGAGAGAGAGAUAUGAAGCUCUCGCUCAAGUAUGUGAUACACGGAAGCAUAUCGGUUUAUUCGCUGGGUAUGGAGCGUGGCUAAGAGCGAGAAUCGAAAACCUCAAUGAGAGCCAAACGGUUUAGAUCAAAAACAUAGAAUAAUUCCUUUUUCAGAUAAAAGCGCUUAAUAAAUGUAAAUCCUUGAGUGGUUGGUUCAUGAGUCCGAAUUUCUUGGUAUAGAGUAUAGAAUCGAAGUUUAAAUGCCCAGCAUCUUUC